ACUCCCCGCACGAGCGUAAGACAAUCUGAGUGUACUUCCCAUCUUCUGUUUGUGCGGCUGGAGAGAAAAUUUAGGGUUUCCAAGAGGGAGAUCGCUUAUGCUUGUUCCGCGGAGAUCGCCUUCACCGUUUUGGAGAAGCCAUCGAUUAGGCGUCCCCGUGAGUCUCUGCAUAUGCAGGCUAUUGCUGCCCUGUUUUCCGGUCCUCCUCUGUUCUCGGCCAUGUUUGCUGGCGCGGCUUCUUGUUGUACAAAGGAGGCGUCAAUGUUUGCUCGGAAUGAGUCGGGGGGCGGGGGUUUCCACCGGGCCUUUCCUUCGAAGAUAUAGUGGUUACGGUCUUGCCAUAUACACCACAAGCGAGUUGUCUUGCCAGAUUAUUGCUGUCCAUGGACAUAACAGCAGUGUAUGUUCAAUGGUCUCGGCUUCUUUUUGGCAUAUGGGGCAAAGUGGGUCAGGUUGAAAAUUACGUGUCCCCACUGAAGUGUACAAGUUUUUGAAGAAUGCUGCUGUUAUCUCCUUUAAGGGCUCUUCCUCUUUCACCCAUUCAUCUCCUUCAUUUUUCAGCAAGGU